AUGAAAAACAAAAUCAAAAUAUUCUUCCGGUUCUUAAGCCUCUUAAGAGUGGAGCCAUUUAUGAUAAUUCUGGCGUUCAGUCAAUACUUUCGUCGAACACCACUGGAAGUGCUAAUUCAGGACAAACUCUGCAGAAAUCGGUAUAAUAUGUCCGAAGAGUUUUGCCUACAAUUGCCGUAUAUGUCGGACGUGGAGACCGGACACGAGAUAAAGACCCUGAUAUUGUCCGACGCCGUGAAGUACAACAUGUAUCACACGUGGAUCACAAUGGCUCCGGGCAUUGUCUGGUCCAUAUUCCUUGGCCCCUGGAUUGACAAGUAUAUCAAUGGCCGCAAAGCAAUAUUCAUCAUCGGUUCCAUCACCCAGUCCUUGGAGGCGGCCAUGAAUGCGCUUAAUUCAUACUUUUUUACUACAAAUAUCAAUUGGAUUUUAAUCUCGUUCAUACCGUACACACUGUCCGGUUCGAUGACAUACACGACCGCCUAUUCCUAUGUCGCGGUCACCACUCCUACCAAAUACCGUACGUUACGUAUGUCUGCUCUCGAAGUAUUAAUAGCCAUAGCCCAACCGCUGGGAGUGUACACAUCGGGUAAAUUAAUAACAUGUACGCCAUUGGGAGGCAACGGACAGCUUCAUAACUAUGGGCUUAUAUUUGCGAUCAGCAGUUUGGGUGCAUUCGCAGCGUUUCUAUGGGCCGUCUUCGCCAUCAACCAGGAGACCGAUCGGCAGCUGUUUCGACACCAUUUCGGCGAUUGUCGACCACUUCUGGCCGACCGGACGGCCGAACAAAGUGCCCAAUUCGCCGCAAACACCGAAUACAUACACCCCUUAAGGCUGUUGUUUAACGUGAAUAAUGUGCGCGAAAUCGCCCAGACUUUGACCAAACGUCGGCCCAAUUACGUGAGGGCGCAGAUAUGGCUCGUGAUUGCGGGUAUGUUUGGCUGCUAUUUCGUAUGGACAGCUCCGGUGGCCUUUCUAUUCCAGUUCGUCGAGAAGAUCUACCGCUGGGACGCCCGGGUCUACACUGAACUCAGCUCGAUUGGUAUGAUCGCCAACUCGCUAGUGGUAAUUUUCAUCACACCCCUGCUCAUCAAGGUAUUUGAUUUAGGAGGUGGAAGAUGCUACUUGAUUAGCAAUUAA